CGCGAGAUUAUUCAACAAGCGACAUCCUUCAGAGAGUUUUUCUUCAGCUAAAUCGAUUCCAGAUAAACCUUGAACCAAUAUUCGAUAAUUUCGCAAAAAUGACCAGCUUUUUUAUCCUGUUGUCAGUGGUCACUUUGGCUGGCGCUUUCCCUCGCAGCGCCUUUCAACGCGACUUUCACCGACACAUGGCGAAAGAUUUGGAAUCCUCCGGGAAUGGACCAGACGAACCUAUUCGGGGAUCUGUGAGAGUUGUCAAACUAAACCCUCAUCAUUUUAUGCGACGGGCAACCAGUAGUCAUGUGCCGUCCAAAAACUCCCCUAGUCGAGGCGCGUUUCCCGCGUUCUUGGCCCUCGGACGUGCUGGUCCGUCGGCCCUGACCCGUACCAAACCUUCGGGCCUGCUCUCUCCGGUGAGCGCGAGCGGCACCGGCGCAGACGCGAGGAGAAAACAGGGUCUCGAGAUGUGGCAGAAAGUCAUGCACAAAAGCGAGCGAAGCAAAGAGGCCGUGGCGCUGCCCAUCAAGCCCAAAGACAUGUCCAAGCAGAGCUGUGCCGCGGUGCCCUUCACACAGCGCAUAACGGAGGACGGCUGUGAGACGGUGACCGUUCACAAUCAUCUCUGCUUCGGUCAGUGCAGCUCCAUGUUCGUCCCGUCCAGUGGAGAGGUUCGUGCACCAGGAGCUCCGUGCACGCGCUGCGGCCCCUCUAAAUCGCGCUCCGUGCGCGUGCCUCUGCGCUGCGGGACUGAGGUGCGCGAGAGGCGCGUAAUGGUCGUCGAGGAGUGCAAGUGCGAAACCAGCAGUGAAGAGGUCACAGUGCAGACACAGAAAUGCAUCAUUUUAUAA